AUGGAUGAUAAUGUCGCCAAAAGGAAACGUAUAACCGAUAUAGUGGUUGAUACACCUAAUAAUCUGGACUUGGACUCAUAUAUUUCUAAUUAUAAGGGACACACCAAAGUUGAUCGUUUGCUAUUCAUAGCGAAACGAUGUCCUACACUCCAAAUCGAUGCCUACAGACUUGCUUUACAAGAAUUACGCGAAAAUUCGUUAGAUACCACAAAAUACCUUCAAUCCGCUAACAAACUUAAUGAGAUUUUGGUAGCCCAAGGAUACCCAUCAUAUUCAAUUGAUGGAAGUUGGGUAGAUUCUACACAAAAACGCGCUAAGACUAUACUGGAAAGGCUGGACACAGAGUUGAAAAAUUAUAAGAAUAAUUUAAUAAAAGAAAGCAUAAGGGUUGCCGAAUCUACACCAGAUAUCCAACCACUUGUUCAAGCAAAGCUCAAAGUAGCCGCCGCAUUGGCGCACCUUGAUAAUAACAAGUAUAAGCAAGCAGCUAACCUAUUCUUAGAAACCAGCUUCGAAAUUGCUCAACCUCAAAGUCAAUAUUCUGAGGUCAUUUCACCAAAUGAUAUAGCAAUAUAUGGCGCAUUGUGCGCUCUGGCUUCAUUUGACCGUAAACAGCUUAAAAAACAAGUUAUCGAUAAUGCCGAAUUUAAACAAUUCCUCGAGCUUGAACCAAAUAUUCGAGAACUUAUUUAUGGAUUUUAUAAUUCAAAGUAUAAUUCUGUAUUAACUGGCUUGGAAAACUAUAAGAAUGAUUUUCUGCUUGAUAUUCAUCUACACAAUCACGUGGAAACUCUUUAUGAUAACAUUCGCAAAAAGGCACUGGUACAAUAUUUCAGCCCUUUCCUUACAGUAGAUAUGAAUAAAAUGGCUGAAUCAUUUGGUACAAACGUUCUAAAAUUAGAGAAGGAGUUGGCCAAGUUGAUUACAGAAAACCUUAUUCAAGCGCGGAUUGACAGUCAUAAAAAGGUUCUCUGUGCUAAACAGCAAGAUCAUCGGAGUAGCAUCUUUCAAAGGUCCUUAAAGAUGGGCGAUGAAUUCGAGCUAAGCACUAACGCGAUGUUACUCCGUAUGAAUUUAUUGAAGGCGAACCUUCUUGUGCAAACGGCUCAAAAGUAUGAAAUUUCAUUUAUUAGAUUAUAA